GAGCGGGCGGGCUCUGGCGGGGCAGGCUGCGGGCCUUCUCUUCCGGGGAUGCGGCGGCUGAAGGGAGCCGGGGCGCCGGUCCGGCGAUGAGCGACGUGGUGCAGCGGACGCUGAGCGCCUUGCCCGGCUUGUUGGGGCAGCCGGAGCCGGGGGCUGGGCUCGGCGCUGGAGGCGGCGGCGGCGCGGCAGGAGGAGGAGGAGGGCCCGGCGGCAGGGGCUCGGCCACCUCGCGGCUCGGCGGCCUCAUCCGGAGCAUCACCGCCCUCACCUCGAAGCAUGAGGAAGAAAAAUUAAUCCAACAGGAAUUAAGCAGCUUGAAAGCAACAGUUUCUGCACCCACUACAUCAGUGAGGCUGAUGAAGGAAUGCAUGGUGAGGCUUAUUUAUUGUGAAAUGCUGGGCUAUGAGGCCUCGUUUGGAUACAUCCACGCUAUCAAGCUGGCCCAGCAAGGAAACCUUUUUGAAAAAAGAGUUGGUUACCUGGCAGUUUCUUUAUUUCUCCAUGAGAAUCAUGAACUGUUGCUUUUGCUUGUGAACACCGUAGUGAAGGAUUUGCAGAGCACUAACCUCAUGGAAGUAUGCAUGGCUCUUACUGUGGCAAGUCAGAUAUUUCCAAGGGAAAUGAUUCCUGCUGUCCUUCCGCUAGUGGAAGACAAGCUCCAGCAUUCAAAGGAAAUCAUUCGAAGGAAAGCUGUUCAAGCACUAUACAAGUUCUACCUUAUUGCUCCCAACCAAGUCCAGCACAUCCAUAACAAAUUCCGAAAAGCACUUUGUGACAGGGAUGUGGGAGUUAUGGCUGCCUCAUUGCACAUUUAUCUCCAGAUGGUGAAGGAGAAUGCGUCUGGAUACAAAGACCUGACAAGCAGUUUCGUAGCUAUUCUAAAGCAGGUGGUGGAAGGAAAGCUCCCCAUAGACUUCAAUUAUCACAGUGUACCAGCACCUUGGCUACAAAUUCAGCUUUUAAGAAUACUGGGGCUGCUUGGAAAAGAUGAUCCAAGAACCAGUGAAUUAAUGUAUGAUGUUUUGGAUGAAUCUUUAAGAAGAGCAGAGAUAAAUCACAACAUUACAUAUGCAAUCUUGUUUGAAUGUGUCCAGACUGUUUAUACAAUACACCCUAAAUCUGAUCUACUUGAGAAGGCUGCCAAGUGUAUUGGAAAAUUUGUCCUGUCUCCAAAAAUUAACUUGAAAUACUUGGGUUUAAAGGCCCUAACAUAUGUUGUGCAGCAGGAUCCGAACCUGGCUCUGCAGCACCAAAUGACGAUCAUUGAGUGCCUGGAUCAUCCUGACCCUAUUAUUAAAAGAGAGACUUUGGAACUUCUAUAUAGGAUAACCAAUGGGCAGAAUGUCGCUGUCAUCGUUCAGAAGAUGCUUGACUAUUUGACCCAAAGCAAGGAGGAAUACACCAUCAUCAACAUAGUUGGCAAAAUAGCAGAAUUAGCUGAAAAAUAUGCUCCUGACAACGAAUGGUUCAUUCGCACUAUGAAUGCAGUCUUUUCUGUAGGAGGGGAUAAAAUGCACCCAGAGAUCCCCAACAGCUUCUUGAGACUCCUUGCUGAAGGAUUCGAGGAUGAAAAGGAAGAUAGCCAGCUACGGCUUCAUGCUGUCCAGUCUUACCUUGCGUUGCUGCAGGAUGAGAAGGCGGUUUACCCCCAGAAGUUUCUUCAAGUGAUGAGUUGGGUGCUGGGAGAAUACUCUUGCCUUAUGAAAAACGUUGAUCCUGAGGUUGUCUUGGCAAAUUUGCACAGGAUACUUAAGAGUAAUGCUACCUCCGAAACCAAAGCCUGGGUUAUGGCUGCUGUCACUAAAAUAACCUCUCGUACGACGUGUUCUAAAACUGUUGAUGAACUGAUAACGGACCUCAGUACUUCCUUGGACACCUGCAUGAGGCAAUAUGCUUUUGAGCUGAAAAACCUAUGUGAGGAUAGAGAAUCAAUGAGGAAGUUGUUUCCAACGGACGCCAGCUGUGAGGAUAUUGUGGUAGAUGCUUCCUUGUCUUUCUUAGAUGGGUUUGUAGCUGAAGGACUUGGCCGAGGCGCAGCACCAUAUAAACCUCGUCACCAAAGACAGGAGGAGCGGCUGUCCCAGGAAAAAGCUCUGAAUUUUGAACCUUAUGGAUUGUCGCUUUCCCAAAGCUUCUCAAUGUCUGGCUUUCCUGGUAGACAGUCUCCAACUGGCCUUUCUCUGGGUUCUGACAUAUCUGGUAACAGUGCAGAGGUGGGACAGAAGGAAGCCAACACACUGAAGCUUGAAGGCGUGAAGAAGCUGUGGGGAAAAGAGGGCUACCUUCCCAAAAAGGAAAGCCUAGUGGAAAAGGAAGACAGUGUAAAGCCAGCAAUAGAGAGCAGCACAUCUGCGGAGCAUGCAGUCGAUAACUUUGCCUUGCAGUCUGAGCAGGAAAUUACCAGCCUGUCCAAGGAGGAGAAGGAGAAGCAGCAACUUGCCUCAACCCUCUUUGUUGGCCUGGGACUGCAGGGCAACGUCAGUCUGAUGGGCAAAGGAGACUCUACCGCCCAGAAGUUCAAAAGGAAAUCUAAAACAGGUGAAUCCCAAAACAGUGAAGAAUCGUUCAGCAUCAAAAGCACUGCUAGCCUGCCCCUCAGUCUUUCGCCCAAUGCAUUAUCUAGGAACAAAAAGCCCUUCCAAAACAAUGGGCACCUGAGGUUACGGAAAGCUUCACUGAAUUCCUGUGAAGCUCCAGAAUCAAAGGCAGUAUUGGAUAGGUCUCAUUCUCUGCCAGAAGCCGAACUGGGUGAGAAGCUUCUGGAUUGCAGAGUCUCGCCUUCAUCUUUGUUUGCGGAUGGGAACUUGGAGAUUUUCCAGCCUUCUCCAAAUGCUCAGCCUGUAGUCAAAAGGCAACUCUCUCUGACGCCUUACUUACCCGAAGAAGUAGCCAAAUAUCCUCAUUCGGAGAUCUCAGAACUUUGUGGCAAUGAAACCGUCAUGUUGUACUUGUGUAAAAUAUGGAAAGUGGACAGCUUCAUCCUUUUCGUAUUUCUUGCCAAUAAAAGUCUUUCUGCACUUAAAGCUGGAAAGCUGGAAUUUGAGAACUCCAAACAUUUUAAGAUCUCUGAAAAUCUCAGCUUCCAUUUUGCUGAAAUAGAAGCUCAAAGCAUAGAAAGCUUCCAGAAGUGUGUAUUCAUGGAAGAGCUCUGCUCAGAGGGACUGCUGUCUGGAUCCCUCAGUUACCAUCUAGAAUCAGAGACGUGCCUCAGGUUUUCAGUGACAUUAGUGCUGUUGGAUUUUAUCAGACCAAUGGAAACGACCACUGAAGAAUUUGGAAAACUGUGGCUCUCCUUUUCUAACGAUGUCAAACAAAACCUAAAAAUGACAUCAUCUCAGGGAUCUUUAUCAGUCAUUUUAAACACCUUGCAGCAAAAACUAAAGCUACAUACUGUGGAUAUCAUAGGCAACGAGGGCAUAGCAGCUUGCAAACUGCUUCCGUCAGUCCCUGGCUUACUGCACUGCCGUAUCCAUGGUGGGAUGCUGGCUCUGUGGUUCAGGUCGCCAAGUCCUGCUCUUCCGGACUGUUUACUUUACCAAUGCCAGAAGGUGAUGGGAGAAUCCUGAGGGUGUCAUUAGUGCCUCCUUUUCCGGAAGGAAGUGUGUGAUCACACGGGUUUACGAAAACAAUCCCGCCUCUGUUCCUGCUUAUCGAGAGUGGUGUGGUGCAAGUGUGGACCCCGUAUGCCUCUAGGCAAGUAUUCUUCGGUGCCUGCUAAAAAGAGGAAAAAAGCUCAGGAUAUAUCAGUCACUGACAGUGGCCAAAUAAAAGUAUCAGUAAAUGUUUUAAUGAGAUGCGUUGUCUCAACUAAAAAGUAUGUAUUUUCUGUUACAUACUUGUAUGGUCCCAACGCUAUUCAUAGGAUUGUCUGCUACUUAAUGAAGUUGUUCACGUGUCUUACGUUGUCAAACUGCUGCUUAAACCUUGUUGGCUUUAUUUGUGACAUCCCCCCCCCUUAAAAUGGCACCCAAAGCCACCAGUUGUAUUAAAACAAGAUGGCAGCUCUUGCAGAGCAGUUUGUUGGCUCAAA